AUGACUCCGCUCUCACUCGUCUCGUUCUCUUCUGGGCUCUCGCAGCACACCUGCGGAUACUGUUCCCCCUCAGGGGAGCGCUCCCUCCUCCCAACAUCAAUAUCCUAUGGCCUCAACCCACGGCAACUCUCCGUCUCUGUCUACCAACGCAUGCUCGACCGAGGUUGGCGUCGUUCGGGCACAUAUGCCUACAAACCCGAUAUGGGAAGGACAUGUUGCCCGCAGUAUACGAUCAAGCUUGAUGCGCUGGGGAUGAAGGCGGGCAAGAGUCAGAAAGGCGUCGUUAAGGCGUGGAAUAAGUUUGUUGUAGAGGGAGAGAAGGAGGUAGUGGGGGACGGGACCAUGCAGGUGGACGUGAAGCCGGUCAAGAAGAAGGGAAGGGAUAACGCGCCGUUUGAUUUGCCCAAGGCUAUCCAUGCCUCGGAGAUGUCCUACCUUCCCGAGGAGUCGACCCCGGCACACGAGUUCGAGGUCGUGCUCGAACUUUCGUCAUAUAGCGAGGAGAAGUUUGAACUCUAUGUAAAUUAUCAAGCGCAUGCACACAAGGAGGAGGACAAGGCGCCCUCCUCAUUUAAGCGAUUCCUAUGUCACAGUCCGCUCAUACCAGAAGAUAUCUCCUACCCUCGACCACCUCCCCCUGGGCUACCGAAGAAGUACGGUUCCUACCACCAGAAGUACAUCCUCGAUGGGAAGCUUAUCGCCCUAGGGGUCAUCGACAUUCUCCCCAACUGCGUGAGCAGCGUGUAUUUUAUGUACUCCUCUAAGGUCGAGAAAUGGGGGAUGGGAAAGAUAAGUGCGCUGAGGGAGGCAAUGCUCGUCCGAGAGAUGCAUGAGGCGGGGCUGGAGGACCUCAAGUAUCUCUAUAUGGGGUAUUACAUCCAUUCCUGUCAGAAGAUGCGUUACAAAGGAGACUACUCGCCGUCCUACCUCCUAGACCCGGAAGACUACACAUGGCACUCUUUGCCUACCUGCGUCCCCUUGCUAGACGCCCACCAAUACGUGUCCUUCUCCCACCCGCCAGAGGGCGGGCAGAGCGAAGCGGAUGUCCAGGGCCCGAUUGAUACCGGCUUGGAGGAAAUGGAGGCUCUGGAGAUGGAUGGGAUGUAUGAUCCGCUGCCGAGGUUGAUGGCGGGAUGUGAAGACCCGUUGGCGGUAGCCCAGGACCCGAAGAUGAGGCAAGUCAAUAUCGUCAACAGGCAGGAGCGGAAUACCGUUUCUGUCCGCUCGGUUGUGCGAUCGAAGAUCUGGAAGAUUCCGAUGCUCCGACGGAUGGUGUGUGACGCCGUCGCUGCCCUUGGGUGGGAGUUGGCCCUUGAAGUCGUAUUUGCAUUAUAG